CCGCUCCGCGGCUCCGCGGAGGCGGAGGAGCGCGUGGCCGCGCGUUCGGGGUGGAAGCGGCUCCCGGGCAAUUAUUUCACGCACCAGGUCGAUGCCAUCAUCGACAAUAAGGUGUUCCCCAUCCCCAUGACCAAGCGGGUCCUCAAGCCUUUCACGAAGCCGAAGGGGAACCGGAACAGGGUGAACCCAGGCGCCAACGUCCACGUGGCCGCAGCCAUCGUGAACAACAAGGUCCGCGUCUGGCACUACCUGCCCACCCUGUGGUGCGCCGACGCAGCCUGCGAUUUCUACGCGGGCGUCCUCGCUCCCGCGCUUCGCCGUUGCCGGAAGGGGCGCCGCGCCUUCUGCAUCCUGGAGGAUAACGACCCCACGGGGUACAAGAGCAAGAAGGCGGGGUCUCAAGAUCACCCCCAUCAAGUUCCCAAGUAUUCCCUGGACUUGAACCCCCUCGACUACUUCCUCUGGGCGGAGGUCAACCGGCGAAUGGCAGAGCAGAGCGCGCCGGCCAACGAGUCUCAGAGCGCUUACAAGGCGCGCGUCAGGCGCGUCGCCAUGGGCAUCCCGAAGAGCGUCAUCAGGGCAGCCGUGGCUAAGAUGAAGACGAAGGCGGCGGAGGUCGUCGUGGCCGAGGGAGGCAGGAUCCCGAGCGAUUGA